AUGGCUGUAUCCGCUGAGCUCUCUGGAGUAGCUGAAGUUGUGGACCCUGCUGAUUUGGAGGAGGUCCUAGUAGUAUCUUCUGUUAUUGAAGGUGGCUCCUUUGAAGAACGGGAUCUGCUGGUUUUGAAGGUGGUCGGCUCAAUGUCUGAUCCGCUAGACAAAGACGUUUCUUCAGACGUGUAA